UUUGUUGAUAUUGUCAGGCAGUGAAGUGGAAGCUAAGCUUGGGAGCCCUAGAGGCGGUGGGAGGGAGAGGGUAACUCGUUAUUGUCUCAAGUUUCAGAAAACGUUUUUGCAGUAUUGUGCCCCUGCAGAAACUUAUGAUACACCCUUUUCAGUUAAUAAAAUUUACUUUUAAAAGCGUACCAUUCCCUUGCAUACAUAAACAAAAUGACGAUUCUGCCGAAGAAGAAGCAGUCGGCCGACUCAGAUGAAGCUGAGCGGCGAAGUGGCCCAGACUCUCACUCGCAUGCUCACUCUCAUGCUCACCAACGGGCUGGAGCCCGACCACGGGCUUCGCCGCCACCCCGGUGGACUUUCCAAGUGUCGUCAUCGUCGGCUGCGGUUGCAGUUGCAGGCCGUGAGGAACGACAGACGAGUACACGACCGCAACAGGCCUCUCCGCCACCCGUCUCUGUGGCAGUGGGGUCAGGGAGCAGUGUCGGUCCAGGUAGUGAGGGUGGCUGCUGCUCAGGACCCGGGCACACUAAACGUCGGCGGCAGGCUGUAUCUGGAAGUGCUGUGGUGGUGGUAGGUGGGGUGACAGGAGGGGUCGGUGGUAACGGAGGCUGCAGUCCUGAUCAAGAGGAAGGAGCUGGUUGUAACAGCGAGGACGAGUAUGAGACUGCAGCUACAACUGAUUCUUUGGACCCAGCAACUGCUGAACAGCAGGAGAAAAGGUUUGAAAAGGCUUUGGUAGAGAAGAAAGGCUUCGUAAUCAAGAAGAUGAAAGAGGAUGGAGCAUGUCUGUUCAGAGCAGUUGCUGACCAAGUCUAUGGAGACCAAGAUAUGCAUGACGUUGUCCGGAAACACUGUAUGGACUACCUAGUAAAAAAUGCAGAUUAUUUUUCUAACUAUGUGACUGAAGACUUUACCACAUACAUCAACAGGAAGAGGAAAAACAACUGCCAUGGCAACCACAUAGAGAUGCAAGCCAUGGCAGAAAUGUACAACCGACCAGUUGAAGUGUAUCAAUACGGCACAGAACCCAUCAACACAUUUUAUGGUAUACAUCAGAAUGAAGAUGAGCCAAUCAGAGUGAGUUAUCAUCGGAAUAUCCACUACAAUUCUGUGGUGAACCCCAAUAAAGCAACAAUAGGCGUUGGCCUAGGACUGCCAGCUUUCAAGCCUGGGCAUGCAGAUCAGUCAUUAAUGAAGAGUGCCAUUAAAACUUCUGAAGAGUCUUGGAUUGAACAGCAAAUGUUGGAAGACAAGAAAAGAGCCACAGACUGGGAAGCUACAAAUGAGGCAAUAGAGGAACAAGUAGCUCGGGAGUCUUAUCUGCAGUGGUUACGGGACCAGGAGAAGCAGGCUAGACAGCCACGGAAAGCUAGUGCAACAUGUAGUUCAGCAACAGCUGCUGCUUCCAGUGGCUUGGAAGACUGGAGUGGACGAUCUCCCCGACAGAGAAGCUCUGCUCCUUCCCCAGAGCAUCCAGAUUUACUUGGAGACCUUAACAUUAAACCGCCCUCACCAGGUAUUGGAGCUGCCUUAGCCCUCACAAAGCCGCCAUCACCAUGUGCACCAGGUACAAGUGGUCAGUCACUUGGAGCUGAUAGAGCAACUUCGCCGCUGGUUUCAUUGUACCGCCCCUUAGAAUGCCGAGCACUAAUGCAACAGAUGUCUCCUUCUGCAUUCGGUCUACAUGGCUGGGAAGAUGAUGAAAUUCUGGCAUCUGUGCUGGCCGUUUCACAACAGGAAUAUCUGGAUAGUAUGAAGAAAAAUGCUGUGCACAGAGAGUCUUCACCUGACAAGAGUUGAUAUUAAAAAAAAAAAAACAUUGUAAUAGUAAAAAAAAUUGCCCCAUUAUCAUGAAAACCUAUAUAUUUUGCCUCUUGACCCUCGUUUUUUUCAUUACUGUUAUUUUUUUUUUCUCUCCCCUUCCCCUGUACACAGUACUAGCCACAGUGGACUUACUUAGGUGCAUGUUUGAUAAAAACAAAAUAAUAAUAAUAAUGUCAUACUUUACUUAUUGAUUCUUUAGUAAUAUAUUUUUUUCCUUUUUCUUUGAAACAGAACAGUACUUGUUUCACAGAAUAAAAAUAAAACAACCAAGCGUGAAGAAAUUUGUUUAAAAAAUUGUUUGGGAGGUCUGCCUUUUUAAACUAUGCGCACAAGAUACAAGGACUCUUUAUUUUCUUUUAAUUUUUUAAAUUUUUUAUUGCAAAGUUGUGUUCUUGCAUUUAACGUUUUCUUUGAAAAUUUCAGAGAGCUCAUUAAAUGUUUAUCUUGAUAUAAA